UCGCGAAACCCACCCCUGCUACUAUUUGUUCAUCCCCACCCAUUCUCCUCCUCCGAUUCCCCAUUCCAGCUGCUCUCCAUCUACGCCUCCGCCUCCGGCGAGAUCUCCGGAGACCUCGCCGUACCGAGCUCUCCUCAUCUGACCAUCACCAUGGCCUCGCGCGGCAAGAAUCCUCCCGGAGACGAGGGCGCCCCCAUCCCCACGCGCCCCGCGCGCGUCCGCGUCAUCCGCCCCGAGGUCGAGGAGGUCCUCCGGAGCCCUCGCCGCGGCCGCCCCAAGCUGCAUCAGCAGCACAGCGAGGACGACAACGGCGCGGCGCCCCCGCGCUACGACUGCGCGUUCCAGGCCGAGAAGGAGGGCCUUAGCGGCGAGUUCGCGCCACCGGACAUGGUGUGGUGCAAGGUGAAGAGCCACCCCUGGUGGCCCGCGCAGGUCUUCGACGCCGCCGACGCCUCGGAGCGGGCGCUGCAGCACGCCCGGUCCGGCGGCGGCGCGCCCCUCGUCGCCUACUUCUGGGACAAGACCUUCGCCUGGAGCGACCCCGCCGCGCUGCUCCCCUUCCGGGCCAACUUCGCGCGCCUCGCCGGCCAGAACACCAUCUUCAACUACGUGUCCGCCGUCCACACCGCGCUAGAGGAGGUCGAGCGCCGCGUGGAGGCGGGCCUCUCGUGCGCCUGCGUCCCCAACGCCAGGAAGAGGCAGGAGGUUCAGAAUUCCGGGGUCAGGGAAGGGGCUUACGGCGCCGUGGUGGACGACGCCUACAUGAGGGACACGUUCCAUGCCAAACCGUUUGUUGACUACAUUGCGGCACUGGCAAGCAGUCCGCUGGCCGGCGCCGACCGUCUUGACCUCGCCACCGCCAAAGCACAGCUCAGGUCAUUCAAUCGAUUGAGGGGUCCGAGGGAACUCCCUGAGUUUGUGACGUUUCAGGGCAUUGAGGAUGUUCCUACUGAGACAACAACCCCAAACACAAAGAGGAAAAGGACGGAGGAUGAUGUUCCGAGCAAGGAGAAGAAACCAAGGAAUGGGGGGAGCUCGUUGCGCAAAAGAAAGGAAAAGGCUGUCGACGAGGAAAGUCCUGUGCCUAGGAAGAGUGCAGCAAGGAAGAAGACCUCCAAAGAUGUAGAGAAGACAGAAUCUCAUGUAAAGAAAGAUGUCAUGGUUGAGGACAGUAGCAAGCAGACCAAGUCAAAGAUUAGGAGUAGUAAGAGUUCAGCAGAGAAGAAGAAAAAGAUAGACUCCUCCAAAGACACAGAUAAGGGAGAGUCUCUACCAGAGCCUGCAGAGGAAGGCGCUGCAAAUGAGGGCAGCUCUAUGCCCAGUGGAGAGGAGACAGAUGGUAAGCUGAGCAAGGGAAGAAAGUCCAAGAUCAGUAAGAGUUCAGCAAAGAUGAAGAAGAAAGGCAUCUCCAAAGACACGGAUAAGAAAGAAUCCGUACCAGAGCCUGCAGUGGAAGACGCUACGAAUGAGGACAGCAAUAUGCCCAGUGGAGGGGCGACAGAUGGUACAUUGAGCAAGGAAAUGAAGUCCAAGAUCAGUAAGAGUUCAGCAAAGAUGAAGAAGAAAGACAUCUCCAAAGACGCAGAUAAGAAAGAAUCUGUACCAGAGCCUGCAGAGGAAGACGCUACGAAUGAGGACAGCAAUAUGCCCAGUGGAGGGGCGACAGAUGGUACAUUGAGCAAGAGAAGGAAGUCCAAUAUCAGUAAGAGUUCAGCGAAGACGAAGAAGAAAGACGCCUCCAAAAAUGCAGAUAAGAAAGAGUCUCCACCAGAGCCUGCAGUGGAAGAUGCUACUAAUGAUGAGAGCUCUAUGCCCAGUGGAGAGGCGAUAGAUGGUGCAUUGAUCAAGGGAAGGAAGUCCAAGAUCAGUAAGGGUUCAACAAAGACGAAGAAGAAAGACAUCUCCAAAGACGCAGAUAAGAAAAAGUCUCUACCAGAUCCUGCAAAGGAAGAGGCCACAGGUGAUGACAGUUCUACGCCCAGGUCUACUGAUGGCACAGUGAGCAAGAAAAGAAAUUCCAAGGUCAGUAAGAGUCCAGUGAAGAAGAAACAAGACACCUCUAAAGACACAGAUGGAGUUGAAACGGUUGGUGGCAGCAAAACGCCAGUCAAGAAGACUGUGGAUGGCAUUUUGACUGAGAGCAAGUCAGAACGUAGGCUAAGAUCCAUGCACAAGACAGAAGAUGCUUCGGAGGGUUCGAAAGGGCCGAUGAAGGAUGAUGUUGGUGAAACCACGAAAGGAAAAGACAAAGACGCUGCUUUGCUCAAGGAGAACAAUCUAGGGCGUAGAGCAAGCUCUGCACGGCAGAAUGACAAAAUCACAGCUGAUGGGGAUGGACUUGCAGAUAGCAGUGUUAAGGAAUCUGCUUCUCCUCGCAAGAAAAAGCCGCAGCUUGGUGAAACCUCAGCAACUAAGGAUGCACCCAUCUCAAUCUCAGAGCAUGGUAGGAAGAGGAAGAAAGUUUCUGAACUUAUGGCAGAGACAAGUACUCCUAAUCGUUCACCUGGUGGUAAGAGCAAGGCUCAAGGGAAGCGUUCUUUGCCUGCUUUAACUGAGAAACCUGAUGAAACUGACCGUGAUCCAGAGGAUACUGUGAAGACUAGAGGGAAGCGUUCUUUGCCUGCAUCAACUGAGAAAUCUGAGGAUCCUGGCCGUGAUCCAAAGGGUACAAUGAAGAUCAGAGGGAAGCUUUCUUUGCCUGCAUCAGCUGAGAAAUGUGAGAAUCCUGACCGUGAUACCAAGGAUACAAUGAAGACUAGAGGGAAACGUUCUUUGCCUAAAUCAACUGAGGAACCUGACGAUCCUGACCGUGAUACGAAGGAUACAAUGGAGACUAGGAAACGAAAAAAGAUCGACACAUUGGGCGAUUUGUCUUCCCAGCCACAACCUCUCUCUCCUAAGAGGCCCACAAAGGUUCGCGAAGUGAUGCCCAAAGCUGCUGGGAAGAAGUCACAGACAUCUUCUGUUGUCAAAGCUAAUGAUGUCACAUUGGGGGACUUGUCUUCCCAGCCACAACCUCUCUCUCCUAAGAGGUCCACAAGGUCUCGAGAAGCGACGCGCCAAGCUGCUGAACUGAAGCCACAUACAUCCCCUGCUGUCGAAGCUAAUGGUGAAGCAUCUCAGACAAGAUCGCGUAGGGCCAAAACCAGCGAAGAAACUGUUCCAGACAAGUCUCCGCGUCCUGUCAAGCCGAAUAAGGGCAAGAAAGGUGCCACAACAGAAGACUCUCUGUCUUGUGGCGAAAUGCAUUCACAGCUUCGUCUAGCAGCGAGCGAUCUUAAGAAGGUGGGGAAAAUCACCCCUGCAAGCGUCAGCUUCUUCACUGAAUUUUCGAAGAGCUCGUGUCCUUCUAGUUCUGAUGUGGAGAAGGAGAUACCCGUGCAGGCAGCCAACACCGACAGCUAUGCUUCUAGUCCCCAUGCUGAUGAGCAGAUGCCUGAGGAGGCAGCAAACAAAGUUGCUAGUCCCGCUGCUGACGUGGAGAUACCUGAGAAGGCAGCAAACAAAGUUGCUAGUCCCCCUGCUGAUGAGGAGAUACCUGAGAAGGCAGCAAACAAAGUUGCUAUUCCCCCUGCUGAUGAAGAGAUACCUGAGAGGGCAGCAAACAAAGUUGCUAGCCCCCGUACCGAGGAGAUACCUGAGAAGGUAGCAAACAGUGAGCCGAGUCCUUCAGAGCUGCCAGUGGCUGAUCAUAUGAAGGAUGACUAUUGGGCUGACAUUCUCAUAAACGUGGAGGAACCGAUAUCUAGCCUGAAAAAGAAGAAAGACAAGAGCAAGAGCAAAACAAGCAAGACCAAGGAGCUUCAAGCUGAGGAUGCUGCCACCAAGGAGCCCUCGGUCUCUAUGGGAAAUGUGGAGGAACCAAACAAGAAGGCUGAAAGCAAACAGGAUACCAUGGAGAACGGGGAGGCUGAGGUGAAACCACCAAGUGUGGCAAACGGGGGCCAGCCAAAAGCCGAGGAGACGACGGAGAAUCUGCCGCUGGUUGGGCUAGUACUGCACUUCACCAGGCCAGAUGCGGUGCCAUCGCACAGUGACCUGAUCAAGAUCUUCAGUCAGUAUGGGCCCGUGAGCGAGGCCAGGACACAGACCGGGAACACCACCAACUCCGCCACGGUGAUCUUCAAGCGGCGCAUGGAUGCAGAGGGGGCUUUCGGGAGCGCGGGGAAGAUGACGAGCGUGCUCGGGCCGGGCCUCGCCAGCUUCCGCCUCACCGACUUCCCCAGUAGUGGUGGUGGUGCUGCUGCUUCAGGGAACAGGCCUCGGCAAGGGGCAUCAGAGUGAACAGGGCCGUCGGUGACGAAGACGCUGUGUACCUGGUGAGGUGAAGUAGGCGGCGAAAGUGUGUGAGAGAAAAGGCACUAUAAUAGAUGGUGGUAGCUCUUACAGGAGGAUUGAGCAUAGAAACAAUGAUCACUUGUCUCUUUUUUGGAGGUAGCAUGUAGUUGAUGCCGUGGUGUAUGUUGCAGGUCAGAGAUUUCUGGUGUUUCAAGAAAAAAAAACUCAUGCUGUUAUAAGCUGAGUUGUACUUGGUAGUCUGGUUUAUGUUGUCAAACUUUGUCGUUUGGGAAUGAGAUGUUCAUGUCCCCAA